AUGACGACACCGGCCAAGUUGUACGGCAGAGAAUUGUCCACAUACGAUGAAAUUGAUGUCGACGAACUUUUGUCGAAGUUGACACAAGAAGAGCUGACUAUGCUCGCUAAGGAAGUAGACCCCGAUGACACAUUUUUACCACCAUCACAAAGGACAAACUAUGCAUGUGAAAAGGAUCCCACUGGCCCGCUGAAUCGUAAGAAAUUGAUUGAACAUAUUAAUAAGCAGGCACUUGAGACGCCUGAUAGGCCAGAGGUGAAACCAUAUGUCGCCGGUGUUGUUAGAGGGAAAAAGUGGAUUCCACCACCACCUCCAGAGAAAGUCCGUGAUGCAGAUGAACAAAUUACAAUAGAUCUAGGUGAUGAAUAUGAGCAGGCUCUCACCUCUGCCUCACAGGAGGAAAUCAUCGACCUUGCCGCUAUUCUCGGGUUCCACUCAAUGAUGAAUCAGGACCAGUACCACGCCUCAUUAUUAAACAAGGGGCAACCUGUUGGCCUCGGAUGGGACGGUAUCACAAAAGCGACUAAACCGAAGGUGUACCCAAUGGACCCACCAAACGACACAGACCCCGAAGAUACCAUCAAAAGGGUGAAGGAGAAUGACCAGAAUCUGACAGAUCUCAAUUGGAAUAAUAUUAAGAACAUAAGCGAUGAGAAAUUCGAGAAACUCUUCGAAGGGUUAAAAACAAAUACACAUUUAGAAGUUCUUUCGCUGGUUAACGUGGGUCUGAACGACCGCACGGCCCAACUUUUGGCUGACGCCUUGGAACAGAAUGCGACAUUGCGAGUGGUUAAUGUGGAGACUAACUUUAUUAGCCCUCCUGGUGUGGUGCAAUUGGUUAAAUCCCUGCUUACAACGACCAUUGUUGAGGAGUUCCGGGCUUCCAACCAGCGGUCGCAAGUCCUCGGCAACAAGAUUGAGAUGGAAAUAACGAAGUUGGUGGAAGCAAAUCCCACUUUGCUCCGACUGGGUCUGCACCUCGAGUACAGCGACGCUCGCCAUCGCGUCGCCAGCCAUCUGCAGAGGAACAUCGACAGAAAUUGCCGAGUGCAAAAGCGCACUAACGUGUCACUGCGACUCCGCCUGCCCGGACGGCCGCCCGCGGUGGGCGUCGACGCUAGCUUGUUGAACCUCACGCCGCCCAGCGCCGAAACACCCACGCCCACUAAAGAGACGGUAAUACCGGUCAUCGACGAAAGCGUCGAAAACACGAUCCUCAUACCGGCAGACAUUGUUCAGGAGCAGAACGGACGUAGCCCGACGACCACGCAAUUGCCAAACUUUAACCCCAAUCCAUACUCGUGGCAGAGCUCUUCGCUUGAGUCGAUGCACCCGCAGUCGUAG